AUGCCCCUGCACAAGUUCCCCGUCUACCUCUGGAACCAGCUUCGGCUGAAGGAGGGCAUCUACGCGCGCCUGCCCCAGUACUACCUCCGCUCCCUGGAGGAAGCGCCUGCGCCCACUCCCGUCCACUACAGGCCCCACGAGGCCAAGUUCAAAGUCAACCCCAAGAAUGGGCAGCGGGAGCGCGUGGAGGACGUGCCCAUUCCCCUGUACCAUCCCCCCGAGUCCCAGCUGGGGCUGUGGGGUGGUGAGGGCUGGAUCCUGGGACACAGAUACGUCGGUCGCAAGCGCUCGAAGAGAGUGAAGAAGGUCUGGAAGCCACAGUUGUUCCAGCGGGAGCUGUACAGUGAAAUCCUGGACAAGAAGUUCUCGGUGACGGUGACCAUGAGGACACUAGACCUCAUCGACGAGAACUAUGGGUUCGACUUCUACAUCCUCAAGACCCCAAAGGAGGACCUGUGCUCUAAGUUCGGGAUGGACCUAAAGCGUGGGAUGCUGUUGCGCCUCGCCCGGCAGGACCCGCAGCUACACCCAGAUGAUCCUGCGCGGAGGGCAGCCAUCUACCACAGGUACAAGGAGUUCGUCAUCCCUGAGGCCGAGGCCGAGUGGGUCGGCUUGACACUGGACGAGGCUGUGGAGAAGCAGAGACUCCUCGAGGAGAAGGACCCUGUUCCUCUGUUCAAAGUCUACGUGGCCGAGUUGGUAGAGCAGUUUCAGCAGCAGACACUGUCUGAACCCGCUGUGCUGCAGAGACCAUCUGCAGGGGAGUGA